CUAUUCGUAUUUUCUUUCUCAAGUUCUCGUUUUUUCUCUAUUGGGUUCGGUUGUUUACUCUCUUAACUUUCCAUGGACAAGCAGCAGCUAUCCCUGGCCAAGAGUGCCCGGCAGAGAUGCAAUGAAUGGAUUUUUCGUGAUGUUCCAAGUGAUAUCACUAUAGAAGUCAAUGGAGGGACGUUUGCACUGCAUAAGUUCCCUCUUGUUUCCCGAAGUGGAAGAAUCCGAAGGUUAGUUGCAGAACAUAGGGAUUCUGAUAUCUCGAGGGUGGAACUUCUUAAUCUACCAGGAGGUGCUGACUCAUUUGAGUUGGCAGCAAAAUUCUGUUAUGGAAUUAACUUUGAAAUUACAUCUUCAAAUGUGGCUCAGCUCUGUUGUGUUUCUGAUUACCUAGAAAUGACUGAAGAGUUUUCAAAAGAUAAUCUUGGUUCCCGUGCUGAAGAAUAUAUUGACAGUAUUGUUUGCAAGAACCUUGAAAUGUGUGUUGAAGUUCUGCAACAAUGUGAGAAGCUACUUCCUCUGGCAGAUGAGCUGAAAAUUGUUAAUCGAUGCAUAGAUGCAAUAGCCUCGAAAGCUUGUGCUGAGCAGAUUGCUUCAAGCUUCUCACGCUUAGAAUAUAGCAGUUCAGGUAGACUUCACAUGAACAGACAAGCCAAAUGCGAAGGAGACUGGUGGAUAGAAGAUCUAUCUGUUCUUAGAAUUGACCUGUAUCAAAGAGUCAUGACAGCAAUGAAAUGCCGCGGGGUCCGUCCUGAGAGUAUUGCUGCAUCCCUUGUAAGUUAUGCCCAGAAGGAGUUGACCAAGAAAUCCAGUACAUGGAAUUCAUCUGGCCAGACAAAAGUUGAUCUAACUUCAAGUUCAACUGCAAACGAACGAGUUGUGGUUGAAACCAUUGUCAGCCUGUUGCCUAUUGAGAAACUUGUUGUUCCUAUCACUUUCCUUUUUGGGCUUCUACGCAGUGCAGUGAUGCUUGAUUGCAGCAUUGCCUGUAGACUUGAUCUAGAAAGGAGGAUUGGGUCCCAGUUGGAUAUUGCAACUCUGGAUGACCUUUUGAUCCCGUCUUUCCGGCAUGCAGGUGAUACCUUAUUUGAUGUGGACACAGUUCAAAGGAUUUUGGUAAACUUCUCACAACAAGAUGCCAGUGAUGAUGAUUUGGAUGAUGCAUCGGUUUUUGAGUCUGAUAGUCCCCGUUCACCCUCCCAAACUGCACUGUUUAAAGUUGCAAAACUGGUGGACAAUUAUCUUGCUGAAAUUGCUCCUGAUGCAAACCUCAAGCUUUCAAAGUUCAUGGCCAUUGCAGAAAGUUUACCAGCACAUGCCCGUACCGUUCAUGAUGGGCUAUAUCGAGCCAUUGAUAUUUACCUGAAAGCUCAUCAGGCCUUAUCUGAAACAGACAGGAAGAAGCUUUCCAAAUUGAUUGAUUUCCAAAAGCUCUCACAAGAUGCUGGUGCACAUGCUGCACAAAAUGAACGCCUUCCCCUGCAAUCAAUUGUCCAAGUGCUCUAUUUUGAGCAAUUAAGGCUCCGAAAUGCUCUGUGCAACUCUUAUGCCGAUGAUGAUCCUAAGCCGAUGCACCAGUCAUGGAGGAUCAGCAGUGGUGCACUCAGUGCAGCAAUGUCUCCUCGAGACAACUAUGCAUCAUUGAGGCGAGAAAACCGUGAGCUAAAACUUGAGCUUGCUCGGCUGCGGAUGAGACUGAAUGAUUUAGAGAAAGAACACGUAUGCAUGAAGAGAGAUAUGGCAAGGUCUCAUUCUCGAAAGUUUUUAACCUCUUUCUCAAAGAAAAUUGGCAAACUGAGCUUCUUUGCACAUAGUUCUUCAAGGGGAUCAAGUUCUCCCUCAAGGCACUCCUAUAGAACAGAUUCUAAGGUGAUCGAGAGAACCUGUGCAAGCACUGAUUAGGUAAUUAGCAUUACCCACAUUCUUUUCUCUGUAUCUGUUUAGUAAAGCCAUGCUUUUUGCAACCUUUUGUUUAUUGUUUUCUAAUUUUCCCUUUGGCCACUUUGUAUAUGAGCUGUGAUGCUUUGAGUUAACAAGAGUAGGGGCUUCUUUUUUUUUUUUUUGAUUUGCAUGUUGUGCUAUUUACUCCCUGGAGAGAGUGGUUUUGAUACUGUCUGUAUUUUACUUAAAAUGGAUUUCCAUUGUACAUAUGUAGAUAAUGUUCAUUUGCUUAUAUUACUAUUGGCAUGAUUUCAGCUUGUAGCAAACAAGAAAUGCAACUUUGGAAACCAUAUAAACUGGGCGGGCAUCAAUUACCUGGAUUGCAACUUGUUUUCCUUUUUGUGACAUUUUCUGCAUGGUGAAUGUUAACAGUAAGGCAAGCCAUAGUUUGAACAAGGAUUUGCUGUAUCCUUGCAAAUCCUGUUGUGUGGCCAAUUUUUUGUGAAAGUUGUGUGGGAACUGCAACAGGAUUUUGGGAGUAUGUAUUAAAUUACCCUCAUCAGAGACAAAAUCAGGCAACAUUAAACAAUGUUUGACCUC